AAAAGAUGGCUGCUCUUUUAGUUUGAGUUCUGUUGUUGUCCUUUACUUUCUCUUCUCUUUUGCUGCCGAGAACCAAAAAACAAGCAGCUUUGGAUGCAUGUUUCUUGUUUUCUUUUUUGUUCCUCUCUCACUGUAUUCAGCACCAGAAAAUAAGGAAGGUGGGGGGAAGAGAGUCGAUGAGAAUCCUAAACUCCAACCCUGUUAAGUACAGAAGUAUUGUGGGAUUCCAGGAAAGAGUAUAUUGUAGGUGGAAAAAUCCAAAAGAAAAAAAAGGAAAAGCAUGAGAGAGAAAGGGAAUAAUGAGGCCUGAGGUUGACAAGUUUCCUCAAACUGUUCUUGGAAGGCCAUUUGUUGUUGUGGAGAUUUUCUUUCUCUGGGAUCUCCUUGUCCUCCUUCCAAGCUUCUUCCUUUCCCUCUCCUCCUCUUCCUCCGCCUCCUCUUGCUUCUCUACCUUUGCGACUGAUGUGCCUCUAAAAACCAGAUCCUUUUCUUCUUCCAUUGUUCUUCAACGACAGAUUGAAUUUUUCCCUCACUCUUUCUCUAGAAAUCCUCACUUGCUCACAGAGGUAACAUUCGUAUCUUUUGUUUUUUUUUUAGCUCCCUGUGUUCAAACUUCCUGUUCAAUCGCUUUGUAAAAAGGAACACUUUUGGCUAUGGGGUUUUGCUCUCUACCUUGCUUCCCCUCCUCCCUUUGUUCUGUGGUCGGAAAGUUAAUUUUCAGGCGUUUAACGGAGAGCUUGGUUUCUUCAUCUGGAUUCUGGUUUGGUUUUGUUGUUCUUUGACUCUUGCAUUAGAUCUGCUUCAUCAGUUGCUUUAGGUAUUAACUAUAGUUUAUUUUCCCUCCUUGUUGUUGCAAAAACAUUGAUGAACAACAAUUCUUUGUUAACCUGUUUAGUAUGACAAAUCAAUAUACUUUCUGAAUGAAAAUCCCACAGGCCUCACAAUCUGCAGCAAUAAUUUCGUUGGCACCUUCGAUUUCGCCUGGUUAUGAUCUUUGCCUUGAUGAGUGAUGUGAACUUGAACUACUUUUUCAAUUUGACAGGAAUGGGAACAAAAGUCCACUCCAAAAGUUACCUGCCAGGUUAUCAGCAAACAAGGGAUCUAAAUGAAGAUACAAACUUCAGCUGGACACUGUUCUGUGAACAUAAAUCUGUCAGCAGGCAACUGUUCAAUGAAUUCAAACCAAGGGCGGCUGGAAGCUGUUUGGGAUAUGACAAAGACAUGUUGAAGAGAACAAUGCUUGAACAUGAAGCUAUAUUCCGAAAACAGGUUUAUGAGCUUCAUCGCCUUUAUAGAAUACAAAUGGAGCUGAUGCAUGAGCUAAAGAAAGCACAAAUGAACAGAUAUUUUCAGACACCUAAUUUAAGCAUGCUCGUAUCUCCAUUGCAUUCUGAAUUGGAUGAAAAGAGAUGGCAUGCAUCUCAUCGGCCAAUGACUACAUCAAACGUUAUAGAAGUUAUUGACGACAACAAAGCCUCUUUAUACUUUCUGAAGGAAGACGUGAGUCCAAGUAAACAUGGGAAAUGUGUUGAGAGUAGCAAACCAGAAGAAACUGAACUAAAGAGGUUUACUAGAAGAAUUUUGGAUCUUAGUCUUCCUGCUGACGCUUACAUAGAAAAGGAAGAAGAUACAAAAAAAAAUAGAAGAGAAAAUGUUCGUGGCAUUUGGGAUGAUAAUGGUGUCAAGUUAACUCUUGGUAGUGUCGGGAUUCGUGGAAUCGGAAAAACUAGUCUAAAAUCAAACUGGCAUUCAGAUGAUCAAUCAAUUCAUGGGUUGGCUGAUCUGAAUGAGCCUAUUAGGGAUUCUUGGGAGACCGAAGCUGUCAAAUCAAAUAUCUAUAAAUUGGAUGGUCUGAAUGUACUCUCAAAAGAAGUUGCAAAUCCUUGUCUACCAACAGAAUCAAAAACCAAGUUUUCACAUGAUUAUCUCUGCAAUGGUAACAGCUCAAACAACCUUGGCAUGCUCACAGUUGGGAUAACACAAGAACAACAAAUGCAGGACAAUUGUGCUGGGCAUAGUAGAGAUGUUAGCAAUGAAUAUCUGAGUUCCUUUGAGCAACUAAAGUUGAAAUUUAAGAAAUCAAGUUCCUUGCCUGAACAAGAUACAACGGGAAUUUGGUUUCGAGAGAAAACUGUCCCUGUUGAAAAUUCUGCUAGUCUAGCAGUUAACUUGAGCAAUCCAAGAUUUAAAGCUUCACAGUUCACUCCUACAUUGAUGAAUCUGUCGGUCUUAAACCAUGUUGCUGCAUCUCCACCCAUUUUGAUUAGCACAGAGAGAAUGCAGAUUGUAGACCAAAAUCCAGUUGCUGCACUUCAAGGGCUUUCUUGCUUCAAGAACUCGGAUGCGUUUAAACAAAGCAACAGCAUUCCUGAAUGUAACAAAGUAAAAUGCAAUGGGGAUUCACAGCCACAGAUGGAACCUGAUAAUUUAUUCUUAUCCCAUGCAGACAAUCAUCGUCAUGCUAUUCAAAUGAACUCGACUUCUUUGAUCACUAUACAAGAUUUGCAAAGCAACCUUGGGAAGCCAAAUCUCAGUGACUGUAAUGGGUUUGAAUCUCAAAGAUCCUUGAAGGACUCGAAGUUUGUUGAUUUUCAAUCUGUGAAGGGUUUGAAUUUGAAUCAGGCACUCCAUUGUGGUGAACAUGGUUUUUCAGAACAAGAAAGUUUAGCUAGAAAGCAUAAUGAAGCUUCUGACAGCUUGGUUUGGCUUAGAGAAUGGUCAUCUUGCAAUGGCUAUGCUGACAGAAAAGAAAAUGACACAAGAUCAAAUGUGCAACUUAACGUCGAGUUUCAAGGAUUAAAAAUCAAGAACCAGGAUCAUGCAAUCAACUAUGAAAAUGGAAAAUCAAUGAGAAAUGGUAGGCAAGGUUUAGAAAACGAGAUUAAUCUGAAUUGUGAGCUAAUAAUACCUGUUACUGAAAAUGAAUCGUGUGGAGCUUCAACUGUAGGAUUUCCAUCUUCACUUUCUAUGGCAGUGGAUGUUAGCAAAUCGACUUGUGAAAUUGAUCUGGAAGUACCAGCUGAUGCACUGGAAGAUGAUAAUAUGGACAUUGAUAUCAAUCAACCAAUUGCUGUGGUCGACAUCUUCACUUCCUCACUGGAUGUUUGCAUCACAUCAGCUGCAGAUGCUAUUGUUUCAAUGUCCAUAGAUGCACAUACUCAUUUAGGUAGGAUCACAAAUAUUCCGCCAACACCAACUACUUGUGAUUCCUUGCAUUUGUUGGCAGACAUUGCUACAUGUAUGCCAGAGGCAUUUGAAGCUUCUGGUGAUGAUGGAUUGGAUUUCUUCGAGUCAAUGACAUUGAAGCUUGAAGAGCUCAAGGCAGACGAAUACGGUUGCAAAUCUUUUAAGCAAGGUAAGACAAAGGAUGAUGAGAAACCGACGUGCUUGAUGCUUUCAAGGCCUCAGACAAGGAAGAGAAGGCAAAGGAAAGAUUUCAAGAAUGACGUCCUCCCAGCACUCACAUCAUUGUCGAGGCAUGAAGUGACCGAGGAUCUCCGGAUGCUUGGAGGGAUAACAAGCACAGGAAAGUGGCGACUGACAGUUUCUAGAAAGACAAAUAGGAACAAAAACAAGUCGCGCUCUCAAAGUGGGAGGAGACAACUAAGAAAUUUGGCCAUAGCAAAUGCAGAAAUGCACAAUAGUCCCCUUCCAGAGCAACCUACUAACACAGAGUUGGAGAAUGCUGGGAGCAGCAUAAUUGGAUGGGGGAGGACUACAAGGAGGUGUGCAAGGCAAAGAACAGCAAAUGCCUGUGCUCCUCCCUAACAAUGUAGCUUUAGAGCACAAGAGUCCUUGUCGUCGUCAAGGAUAUACAGUGUUUCUCAGUUAAACUAGAUUUAGAGAUGACAAAGAGUGUAAAUGUUGGUCUUGAUUUGGAGCUAUUUUCACUGGCUUUUAGGGAGUUUUGUAGAUUCUAUGGAAUAAUUUGUUGAUUUCUACAAGAACUGUGGGGAAAAAAAAUUUGACUUUAGUCAAUGUGGAUUGUGUACAUUAAGCA